UCUGGGAUAGAAACCAGCCAUAUUGUUGAAUUUUCCACGCGUAUUGUAUGGUUUUACUCUAAAAAAUAUUCUGGUGUGUUUAUACCAGUCAUUAUAUUAACGAAAUGUCGGUAGAUUUUGUAUCCGAGGUGGAUCGGCGAUUCUUUGCCAACAACAUGCUCACUAACGAGGAUUGGGAGUCAGGCAUGGACCAGUUCAAUGAUAUAUCAGAAAUUCUGGGGAUGGACACCACCAUCAGUCCCGAGAACCUCAGCGAACUGCCGGACGAACUGUUGUCCCUUGAGGGAAGUUCCUCGCCGGUCGACCUCUCCACAAACAGCAAGACUGUCCCCAUGGAAGACUUCAACUUCGAACACAAGUUUGAUGACGAGAAGUUAGACUUUUCCAAAUUCACUGACGAGAAUUUUGAUGACUACUGGAAAGAACAGAGUGAUAGUUCGGACAGCGGCAUCUAUGGAGAAACUGCAGUCCACAUCAAGCAGGAACCACCAUCACCUGUGUCGUCCAACUGCUCGGAAACUGGCUCCGAGGGAUAUAGCUCAUUAUCAUCAUCUGCCAACACCUUCGUCUUUGCGUCGCCACCUGCAACAUCAGAGGAUUGUAAACCUACCAUCAUCAUCAACACCGCAGGGAACACCCUCCUACCCAACUUACAGUCCAAUGUCGUCAACAUCAACUCAAUACUCAACUCCAAAAUCAAGAUACAACCCAAACCAUCGGAAGGGGGGACAACUCUAACUCAGCCCAAGUCCCAGGCCCAGAGUGUCCCAGCGAAGCCUCUGGUCCUGACAGGGGAAGAGUUUGCCAAGCUGACUGCAGCAGGCACCCUUCGCUUCCAGCCACCGGGGGAGGUGAAAGGAAUAGCCGUACCUCCCAAACAGCCACAGCAGCAGCAGCAGACAGUGGUCACUACUGUCCAGCCUUGCAUGUCCCCACCCCCAGGGAUGAUUCAAGUCGAUGGUGAGGGUAAGGCGAUGAAGAGACAACAGAGAAUGAUUAAGAACAGAGAGUCAGCAAGCCUGUCCAGGAAGCGAAAGAAAGAGUACCUGACCGGACUGGAGUCCCGCCUCAAGGGCUUCUCCACAGAGAACCAGAAACUGAAGCAGGAGAAUGAAACUUUGAAGAGGAAGAUGUCCGCCCUGCAGAUGGAGAAUGACAAGCUGAAGAAGGCCUUCUCACUGUCCCCUAACAAGAGGAUGUGUUUGUUAACAGUACUUGUUGUGUUCAGCUUCAACAUUGGACCAAUCAGUAAUUUCUUCUCAAGCCACACCAUUCCUGUCCCCAACCCUUCAGUGGUGAAUGUACACAGGGGCAGACAACUCCUGGCACUGCAGGAGGAAGAAGAGCUCUCCUAUAAAGAAAACAUUAACCCUCGCUGGAAGCAUGCAGGAGACAACAUGUUUCGGAAACUCCAGCAGCUAUCGGACGAGAUGGGAUGGACACACCCAUCAGGCAAAAUGAACCAGUCCGACUUUGAAGCCCUCAUGUGCCCCACCUUCUUCAAUAAGACAGAGUCAAUUAGGUUAGCUGAACAGCUAGCUGGGUGGAUGAUUCAACAUGAGGAGGAGAAGAUGAAAUCUGAGGCCAGCAAACGUCAGAAGAAGAAGAGGAAGGAGAUCCGGCCAGUGAAGACGUUGAAGCGGGCACUACGUGGCGACUUCAACCCCAACAUGCUCAGGUCUAAAGAUUCAGGCUACCAUGUGCAGGUGUUUGAUGGCUCUGAUGGAAGGAAGGAAUUCCUUGAUGCCAUCCACAGAAGAAACGACACAUUCUAUGUGCUGUCAUUUAACACAGACUAUCUGCUGGUGCCUGCCUCUGCACACAACAAGACGAUGCGGCCGCGGAUGUCUCUGGUCAUGCCUGUCGUCACAAUCAAUGAGACGAUGCAGCCGCCGCCAGGGAGCGUGGGGAUGAUGCAGAUCGACUGUGAGGUGCUGGGCACGCAGCUGAUCCACGUCCACAAGUCCGUCAUCCCGCCACCUUCGCCGGUGUGGAAUGCCACCCACAACGCUGGAUACAGUGAGGAUACUAGGCGAGACCAGCGAUAAUAGCACCGCCACAUUGAGUAUAUUUCUCCAUGGUUGUACCAUGUGUCUACAUCACAACACUGUAUGACGCAACUAACAUCUAAAUAGCGGCCAUUUAGUGUUGAAAUCUCUGCUUUUCCAUUUGCAAAGCAUUGUUACUUACAAUUUUGAACAAAUCUCAAGUACUUAGUCACCUUGAUUACACAGAGCCAUAUUGCUGCGCCGCAUAUGACAUAUGACUUUUCUAAAAAAAAAAUGUUCUCAAAUUUUUGUGGCCAAUUUGCCACAAUUAUGAAAAGACAUUUUGUCAUUGUGUUUAGAGGUUGAGGCGAGGUAAAAUGAGUUAAUUAAGAACAUUGUUUUUUAGAUAUUUGUAACAUUAGGUUCUUGUUAUUUUUAUUGCCUUAAAAAGGGAAAGAAAAAAGCUGAAUGAGUGGAGUUAUCUACCCUUAGCAACAGGAUUGCAUUCUCAAUAAGUGUUAUUAAAAUUGUGAAUGUUUUUGUGUCACAACAAAGGAUCUAUCAAUUGUUGGCAAACUGUCUAUUUAUGAAUAUUGUAUGAUCAACAGAGACUUAAUAUUUGGUCUCAUUUAGACCUUGUUGGUUCUUCCAAUGGGAAUGAAAUUGAAUGAUAUUGUGUCUAAUGGGAAGAAAGGACAAGGUAUUAAUAGCCCAUUUUUACCCACAGGAUCUGCAUAAUUUUGGAAAUGAGUCCAACUUUAAAAACUGUUAUCAAGUGUGUUGAUGUAUGAGACCAAGACUUUGUUAGUUUCAACAUUUGCAUGUGUUGGACUUGCUCAAACUUUGAUUUCCUCUUGAAGUUAGAAGAUCAUUUUAGCUAUUCUGAUAAACUUGAUCAUGCCAGAAGUCUGACACCUGAAGUGGAGAAAGUUAAAAAGGUUUAGUUGUCAAACAUUUAAAUAAAUCUGAAAAGUUCAUACCAUUAUUUCGAAGUUUUAUGGACUUAAAAAUUGAAAUUUCCAGAGGUCCAUUUUGGGCCUUUACCCUAUAUUGUCCUUUGUCAUGUUUAAAAAACUUUGAAAGGUGGGAUUAGUUGUUAAGAAGAUGUUACAACAGUCACGGAAAACACUGGUAUUCUAAUUGUUGAAGUUGAGAGAAUUCUUGUUUUAUGAUUGUUGUGUUUUUGUUUCCAAAAUGGUUUCUGCUGGAAAUUAACCAAUAUUAUCAUUUUGAAAUUUUAGAGGAUGAGUUCUAUUCAGUGUUAAGUUUACAAAACUCUGGUUAGAGUGAGCCUUUUAUUUCUCAUCGAUAUAAAGGGCAGCUUUUAGUUUUUUAAACUACGUGGGGAUAUUUUAGGGAUGUUGUUUGUCAGCGUUGAAUAUGUAACAUGGAAUGCUAAUUGUAAAACACAGAAUAUUGUUGAUGGCAAUGGAAAAUAUGUUUGCACCAUGUUCAGAGUAAGCUGGUGGCAAAUGGUACUUAGAAUUUGUUUUUUCACUUAUUUUGCCAUUGAUAGAACUGCUACAUUAUUUUGAGAUAUUAUUUUUGAGAUUCCUCAUGCAUUUUUUUCACAUCAUCAUGUCUAGUCCAUUGUUUAGUGCUUUCAUGUUUGAGAGACAGUGAAACUCUGUUAGUCAGGAAGGCAGCGUUCCCACUAUAAUCUCCCAGAUUAAAUAUCUUAGGAUAAAUGAUUCAUGAUCACAGAGUAAUGCCACUUUGAACAUAUAAAAGUACUAGUUUUAAAGCAUUCGCUCGUCAAGCUGAAGACCUGGGUUCGACUCCCGACAUGGGUACAAUGUGUGAAGCCCAUUUCUGGUGUUCCCGCUGUGAUA